CCUAUCCGCAAUCUGUGUAGGAACUCUUCGAAGAGGUCUAUUAAAAACCCAUACAAAUGGAAACCGCGCUAUUGAUGACAUGGGGUAGAGUUCCAUUGAAAAUAUCAACGAAGAGUUCUAUUAAAACCAGGACAGUAAAAAUAAAAAUAAAAUACAUACACAGGAAGAUAUCAAUCAGGAGAUAUCCCAUUCCAAAUUACAGACCAGAAGAACCCAAAUUGAAGCGUUGCGAUACAGUUGAAGUUGCAGACAUAUUGGGUUGAGGACGUCGAGAGUGGAGCCCGCGGAAGGGUCAGUGCAGGCGGGAGAGACACCAAGCAGAAGGGUCAGUCAAGGCAAGGGUUAGAUUUAAAGUUCCAGUCCCACCACAGCAACCAGCAAAAAGCAAAUACCAAAAAGAACAAAACAAGACAGUCAAGGUAACAUAGUAAAGCGUAAACAUCAUACAUAAACAUCAUCAAGAUGGAGCCGUUUAUUUAUUUGCCCGAAUACCCGUUCGUGAUUUGCCAGGCGUGCAGAGUGGCAUGCGUUGGGAAUGAAGUAACCCGGCAUAUCACAUCAAAGCAUGCCGGAUCACCAGCGAGUGUCAAGUUAAAGGAGAUCCAAGCCGCGGUAGAAGUAAUCCCAGGCAUUAUUCGCAAUCAGAAGGAGUUGAAAGAUUGGUUAGUCCCACCCCCAACAACAGCCCCCAUCCCCCAUAUCCCGCCACCAAAGGAGGACGGGUUGGGGUGUAAUCAAUGCCCGUAUGUAGCCCGACAGAUCAAACGGAUGCAGCAGCAUUGUCGAGACAAGCACGGUUGGGUCAACAACCGCAAGCGAGGCCGGUACACCAACACAUCCGAAGCAGCCAUACCGCCCGUGCCGUGGAGGACAGGCGUUCAAUGCCAGCGUUUUUUCCGCAACCGCGUGGCCAGCAGUUGGUUUGAAGUCGGACGGACCAUCCCAUCCAGCAACGAAGGGCCCGACGAAGACGAAGCCAGCCGCCAGGCCGAGUUCGUCAUGGCCAUACAGCGACAGGCCCGACAAGCGUUUGAGAGCGAGGCCGAUGCCCGGAUCCAGGACGCCAGUGACAAGUGGGAGGCUGAGAGGUGGUUGAAACGAACCGGAUGGC